AUGAACGAAGGGCAAGAAAGAUUUUUCCUGGAAAAGCUUGCCGCUGCGCCUGAGUACCCAGACUCCCUCAUCUGCCAAGACGAGCGACGUGCAACGCGCAAGGCGCGCGCCGAGCACUAUGCCGAUAGGAAACAUCAAGUAUUUGACGGGGAUUCGGGGCAACGGGAUAACCCGUUGAUCAUCAUUGACUUUGGCAUGGCUGAACCCCCGGCGGCGGGCCUUUUGGACGAUGAUUUUGCCAGCGAGAAGAGGAGUGGGAAGAAGGCCGACUUACACGUUGUACGCGGCAUCGAGGGGCUACGAAACAAGCUGUCAUGGCCGGACCCGAAGCAGGGCCUGUUGGGGCCCAGCCAACUCAAGAGAGACCCUCCAAUACGAGUCGUCCUGCUAGAGCGCAUGUGGCCGACUUCACUGCUACUGAACCUCAGCGAAGACGUCCUGCUGGAGAUUCUCACUUACCAUCAAGUCCCGGCUCACUUCCUAAGCUUCGUUACCAGCGGCGGCGACUCUUGGAGCUUCGCCAGCAGCAUGAGCUUCGCGGGCUUCAAAGGCUGUACGACUACUCUCCCACCGGGUCCUGGACAACAACCGAGCCUGGCAGUGCUAGGUCGCAGCGGUAGGCACAUUCAGGUCUGCCUCACUUUGUUCCGCAUCUGUGAGUAUCCUUUACACGCAUUACCCGGAGACGUAGACCCUGCUCGGACGCCGCGGUGGGAGACGCACUCCGCGGCCGUGUACGUCCACUUUGACAUCGUCGAGGGUACAGCGGUGUGGUUGCUCGCCAGCCCCCGAUCAUAUCAUCCGGAAAAGGGUAAAGGGACGCAGAACCUGCUUUGGAACACUUUGAAAGAGGGCAUGGUGGAUUGUAUGGAUGGCCUUCGGGCGCUCGACGUACCCGAGCGUUUCCGUAUCAGUAUUGACAAUCUGCUUGCCGCUGCCGAGUGGUCCACCGGGAUGUUUUCGCAUCAUGUGCAAGACACAGAGAAGAGGCUACAUGACUUGACCGAGCCGUACGUGUAUCCUUACGACGACGAGGAGAUGGUGGACGACAGGGCAAGAGAAUCAAUACACGCCCAGGACCUCCGUAGAAUGGCGUUUUUGAUGGAAACUCGGCAUCGCAGUGUCAUGGAGGUUGAGAAUAACCUUCGAGUUCUCCGCCGUCUCCGAGAGUUCUUCGUGGACGAGGUGGCCGAGCAUCUCGGCCCUCUCAGAGAUUCCCACGCCGAUGAGAUCCGGACGCACAUCAAAGGCUUCGCAGAAAAGUUAACAUCGAAAAUCGCAGAGAUCGAGGACUUGUUGGAUAGGGCAACAGCAUUGGACAAACUCGCAAGGAACAGAGAAGAAUACAUCCAACGGUUGCAAACGCAUCACUCGACGCAGCAGAUGAAAACCAUAGCAGUGUUGACGGCGGAUGACUCGUCUGCGAUGAAGCAGUUGUCAUUCAUCACCCUGAUCCUAUUACCAGUUACGGUUGUGUCGACCGUUCUCGGUACGGAUAUUGUCAAGUUUCAGGACCUUUCGAACGAAAACGGAAAUGCCACCCGAAGCACGUCCGAAGGCCCCGUUCCGAUGUACAACUUUUCUGUAGCAGCCUUCGGCACGUGGGCGGUUGCCAGCGUCCUCAUGACAAUCGCGACCUUGAUUAUUGUAAGGCCAGUAGGGAAUGAUAGGAGGCCGAGCGGUGGCAAUGUAGGUGGCGGAAGCAAUGGAUCCCCCAUGGAGAAGACAUGGGUAUCUCGAAUGAAGGGACAAUUGUCUCGUGCGUGGAAUAUUCGAGACAGGUUCGACUCGGCCGAGAAAUCUUGGUCCAGCAAGGCCAGGUCACCAAGCCCCGCGGUCUCGGCACUCGCGACUUCGAUACACACGGCUCCGACAGUUGUCAAGACGGCAUCAAACUCGCGAGAGACUCCGUUGGUGGGUGUGGGCGCUCCCGUGCACGCCAAGUCCCCUCAAACUUGGACGUCGACGGGAUGGUGGCUGGGGUAUACUUGGGAGGAGUUGAGGCGCACUGCGAAGAAUAAGUUGAACAUGUCGGAGAUGGCGACGACACCUCUACCGCGAUGGGAUAGUCGACGAGACGAGGGGCGAGAAGUUGGGCAGAAACCGCGGGGAGAGGAUUCGUGA